GUAGCAGGCAGGAAAGGGUUCCCUCAUGUGAUCUACGCUCGUCUGUGGCGCUGGCCUGACCUCCAUAAGAAUGAGCUGAAACACGUCAAGUUCUGUCAGUUCGCCUUCGACCUGAAGUACGACAGCGUGUGUGUCAAUCCAUACCACUACGAGAGGGUGACAGGCCCCGCCUCCACAGGUGCUCAGUCGCUGAUAAAGGAGGAGUUCAUGCAGGAAUGUCUGCAGCUUGACCUGCCCCCCCACCCAGACCUGUACAGCCAGCCCUGCCCACCCAGCAUGUAUCCCAGCAUUCCUCUGUCUCCUCUAGGUACAAGCUCCAUGACCCCUCUGACCUCAGGGGGUGUUGGUGAGGGUCCAGACGGUCUCCUGCAGGUCUCCCUGGUCCAGAACCACGGGGGCCAGACCUCCUCACCUCUCACUACACAGCCUCCUCCUACAGCCACCUCUCCACACCUGCAGAGCCCAGAGUACAGCAGUCCCCCCAAACCAG